AUCAGGUCCGCCAAGUUCAUAUUUAAGGGACUGGGUCAGUUCAGGUUUUUCCAUUGCAAUAGGAAUCAUGUCUGGUCGCGGUAAGGGAGGUAAAGGUUUGGGGAAAGGUGGCGCUAAGCGCCAUCGCAAAGUCCUUCGGGACAACAUCCAGGGCAUUACAAAGCCGGCUAUUCGCCGUUUGGCGCGGCGCGGUGGGGUCAAGCGCAUUUCUGGUCUUAUCUAUGAGGAGACUCGAGGUGUGCUUAAGGUUUUCUUGGAAAACGUUAUUCGAGAUGCUGUCACUUACACGGAGCACGCGAAACGCAAGACUGUCACUGCCAUGGAUGUCGUAUAUGCUCUAAAACGUCAGGGGCGCACUCUGUAUGGUUUCGGCGGCUGAAACGGUCUCCGGGA